GAGAGCACCACACAUGCGAGACUUAAAAACAGAAAAUAAAAAUAAAUAUAAUAGUUUUAGCAUAAAUUACUUUAUUCAGCGAGAGAUGGAGUGACUAAUGACAAGUUGAUGCACACGUUUGAAGUUGAAUGAGUCAUAUCAGCUUAUAAGACUUAAAAUGAGUGCUGCGCCACCAGAUCCUGUUGCCAUUCUACGAGGCUCAGAUUCUGAUGUUACAUGUUUGAAAUACUGUGAUAUCGAAGGGAAAGAAAUUCUCAUUUCGGGGACGGCUUCAGGGAGAAUAAAUGCAUGGAAUCUGGAAAUGAAUCGGAUAUGUGCAACAAUAGAUGCACAUAAUGGACUGUCUGUUCUCGCUCUAAAGCCAACCCAAGCAGUUCUGCGGAAGACAGCACCUUAUGCAGGGGAAAUGGUGCCCUGUGCCACAGUUGUCUCCCAGGGAAGAGAUGGGUGUGUAAAACUGUGGAAUGUUUCAAAGAAGCUUCACUUUGAACUCUCAGGUAUGAUCAAGUGCGACAAAUUUGGAUUUUGCACUUGUGACUGUACAACACUGGACAAUGACCAACAUAUUAUUGCUAUCCCAACAGAUAAAACAUCACAAAUACAGUUGCAUGACCUGGAAACUCUUGACAAAAUAUCAGCUUUAAUACCUCGUAUGAGUGGUAAAGGCUAUGGAGCAUGCAUGGUGACAAAAUUUAUCAAAUUGAAAAAUGGAGUCGUCGCUCUUUUAGUUGGAUACGAAGAUGGAUCUGUUGCUUUAUGGGAUAUUAAAAUGGCAGUAGAAUUAUCUCGAACUCAUCUUCAUAAAACUGAUUCCGUCAUGACUAUGGAUUAUUAUGGUGCUAAGAAUUUUGGAAUAUCUGGAUCAGUAGAUGAUAAGAUAUGCAUAUGGAGUAUUACGGAUGACAAUGAAGUCCAGUUUAAGCGAGAUAUAACUUUGACAAAUCCUGGACUUAAUUGUUCAAAAGUGAGGUAUGAUGGGAAAAUAUUUGCAACUGGGGGCUGGGAUGCCCAAAUAAGGAUACUUAGUAGAGCGAAAUGUUCCCUUCUGGCAGUAUUGAGUUUUCAUGAAGGGAGCAUUAAUUGUCUGGAUUUCUCUAAAAAGAAUCUCAUCGCUGCAGGGGGAAAGGAUGGCAUCAUUAGUAUUUGGAAUGUUUAUGCCUCCUAAUUUGAGAAAAAAUACCUACCAUACUAUUUUAUUAUCCUAUUGAACAGAGAAAGGGGAUAUAGAGAGAGGCUCUGUCCGUCUGUCCAGGCAAUCACUUGAUGGCUCUUGAGUACUGUUGGCCCAAUAUCAUUUAUGAUUUAUAUGUACAGCCGCCGUGACACAAAAAGUCUACCUAUCUUUUGUCUGCAUGAUAUCUGACUUGUUCUUUUAUUACGCAUUAGAAAUAGACCCAUUUGAUUUAAUGGCAGCCAUUAUUACGUGUGUUAUUUUACAUUUUUUGCUAUAAUGACUAUAAUGCUAUAAUGAUUCUUUUUGAAAUUUCAUAUUGGAAUAGUUAUAAGUUCAUAAGAACACGUUCAUGGUGGCCAUUUUUGUACUUGUUAUUUCAUGUUUUGCUAUAAUUGGAAAAGCAGUUGAGUCAUUUUAGAUAAAAGACAUUAAUUAAGAAACAUACAAUUGAUGAUAUGCGAUCACCGGAUGGAUUCUAUCUUGUAGUGA